AAGCAUCUUGGACUGGGAGAAAGUUUUGACCGUGACAAAUGUGGCAGCAAGCACCAGUACGCGGCAGGAGUUCGGUGGGUUCUCAGCAACCGGAAGGUUCUGGAAGCUGGAAAUCAUAGCCACGCACUCAGUACAUCAGCCUUACUUGCGUGAAGUGGGCUUUUAUGAAACAGGAGGACCUGCCAUGCAUGUGCCACAGAAGAUAAUUUUCCCAGCUCAACGAAGCGUCAGUUACUACGCGAAGAUGAUGCCUACGGUUGUCCAGGACUUGAGCAUGUUCACCCUAUGUCUACACAUGCGCACCGAAAUGGGUUCCAGCUCUCAGAUGACAUUCGUCAGCUACGCUACUCAUCGACAGUCAAACGAACUACUCUUCUACACUAUGUCUUACGGGUUUCACAUUCGGGUAAAGCAGAACUUGGCGAUACCAAAUGAUCUUCCCGUUUGGGAUGGCUCGUGGCACGCCCUUUGUGUUACCUGGAGCAGUUCCGAUGGAAGUUGGCGCCUCUACGCUGACGGUGAGCUCGGGGACUCGGGCUCGGGGCUAGCAAGGGGAGCUACAGUGGACGGUGGCGGCUUAUGGAUCCUCGGGCAAGACCAAGACGCAUAUGGGGGAGGAUUCGACGCUAAUCAAGCCUUCGCUGGAGAACUGUCUCGGGUGAACCUCUGGGACCGCGUACUGACUCCAGAAGAAAUAGGAACGGACUGGUCAGUGUCCUGUCAUCACCAUGGCAACGUAAUUGACUGGACAUCCACGAACGUAGAAGUUUUCGGACUGGUCAGUAAAGAUCGGUAUCUGCACUGUGGUCUUCCUGACUCGUCAACCAACGUCGCACUAGGAAGGGCGGCAACACAGUCAAGUUCUGAACUCGAAGGACCGGCCAGCCAAGCAACUGAUGGGAACACUGCCCGGGAUGGCACCUGUACACACACAUCAACCAAUGAUGUAGACCCAUGGUGGCAGGUCGACCUAGAAGCACAGAUCCCCAUCAAGAAGGUUGUAAUUUUCAACCGAGUAUUCGAACCAGAAAGAAUCAACCCAUUCUACCUUCACGUCGGGGACUCGACCGUUGUGACAGCGAACCCAAAAUGCGGUGGAGAACAUCGGUUUCCUGAAAGCUGGCCCCGGAGUUUAGAAAUAUGGUGCGGUGGCAUGAGAGGACGAUACGUAGGCAUCCAGCUAUUUGGCACUGAGAGACGACUUGGACUUUGUGAAGUACAGGUCUUUAGUGACAUCACAAUAGGAGGUGGAUGGAUCCCUCCUACUUCGAGUAUUCCAUUCGACUACGACAACGGUAACUUCUGGAUUGGAGUAAGGCUCUCUUCUGAGAAACUCAUCGUUGGUAUCUUGACGCAGGGUGCCGACGACCACCACUACGUAACGUCUUACAAGAUGUCUUACAGCGAGGAUGGGGAUGUCUUCAAGUUUUACGAGCAAGAUUGUGAAGAGAAGAUCUUCUACGGAAACAUUGACGGACACACCAUGGUAAAGAACAUAUUAGAGCAGCCGGUUACAGCAUUAGCUGUUCGCCUCCAUCCCCUCACGUGGUACAGAAGCAAUGAUCCCGGACUGCGAUUCGACUUCUUGACUUGUGAAGGGCGAGCUCUUUCAACACUGGAAGUUUUCAUCGAUGAAGUCACUGCCGACAGUAUUGCACUACAUCUGCUCGAUGUCGUUGACAAUUCCAACCUAACAUUUCAUGUUAACUACACCGACGUGGUUUCGGGGAAAACGUCAUCGGUAACAUUCGAGGGGAGUCAGGGUGUGAUCACCAACCUAUUCCCUGGAGUGGGGUACCAGCUAGAGUUGGCUGCAACGUUCAGUUCGCACAAACAAUAUGGAGUUGCAAGAGCUACCACAGAAUUGCCUCUACCAGGCGAUUUUUCCGUUUCUGUUGGAGAAACGUAUGUGCAGCUGACCUGGACACCGAUUCUUACUCUACUGAAUCUGCCAGCCGAUACCAACCUUCCUAUCUGGUAUAACAUCAGGUGCGAAUCCUCUGAUAGCACAAAAUGCCAAGUUGAUUCGCCUCAAACACUACACUCGAGUGGGACUACUAUCACAGCUCUCUAUCCUGGGAAAACAUACAACAUCACUGUCAACAUGUUCAGUCCGUACAUAAAAGGAGAGAUAACAACACUGACACUCACAACAGAGCGGGAUGUUAUCACUGACCUGGAGGCUGUUGAGGUCACUGAAUCGUCGCUUUCCGCCCAGUGGUCCCCUCCGCUAGCCUCGCACUUGGCUUUCAUCGUCAGUCUCACCACACCUGAUGGAGAGGAGCUAGCACAGCUGUUCACAUACGAACAUUACGUUGAGUUCACCCAGCUGGCACCAGCCACACUGUACACCAUCGGCGUGCAGGUCAUUCGGUCUGACGGUGACCCCGAUCCGGUGGUCACACUUCGGGUUAGCACAAGCAUAGACCCACCCACAGCGUUCGUCGUUUCCAUAACGACCACGACAACUCUGACGGUCAUGUGGAACAAACCAUUCGCCACUGUCACCUGGUACAACAUCACUUACUGCGCAUGCGCAAUUGAUUUCCAUGGCAACAUGGACCUAGCCACAGCAGUGUCCCUGCCGGCUUGUACAGAGGAGUACACGAUCCAGGCGCUGUCUCCUUCUACAGUCUACAACAUCUCUAUCGUAGCAUGGACUCGGUAUGAAGCCAGUGAACGUGUGAUGACAGACGGACAUACAGCACGACUGGUAGCAGAAUCGACAGUUGAGCUCCUGGUUCCUAUUAGUAACGUUAACUGGGAGACCCCGGUCUAA